AUGGCAAAUCCCACUCAGAUCUUCGCCGAGGACGUCCAGGAAGAGAAAGGCGAGAAUGCCCGUCUCUCUGCCUUCGUCGGUGCCAUCGCAGUCGGCGAUUUGGUCAAAUCCACCCUCGGUCCCAAGGGCAUGGAUAAAAUCCUCCAGAGUGCCAGCACAGGCGAGAUCAUGGUCACAAACGACGGAGCAACAAUCCUAAAGUCAAUAGCACUCGAUAACGCAGCGGCAAAGGUCCUCGUUAAUAUCUCCAAAGUCCAAGAUGAUGAAGUCGGAGACGGCACAACCUCAGUCACAGUUCUCGCUGCCGAAUUACUACGAGAAGCCGAAAAACUCGUGUCCCAAAAGAUCCAUCCCCAGACAAUCAUUGAGGGUUAUCGGGCUGCUUCACAAGCGGCACUACAGGCCUUGGAGAAGAGUGCGGUCGACAACAGCAAAAACCCAGAGUUGUUCCGCAAAGACCUACGAGCCAUUGCUCGCACCACCUUGUCCUCCAAAGUCCUCAGUCAGGAUCGCAAUCAAUUCGCAGAUCUUGCAUGUGACGCUGUCCUCCGUCUCAAGGGUUCCAUUGACCUGAACCAUAUCCAGAUAAUCAAGAAGUCGGGUGGGAAAUUAAGUGACAGUUAUUUAGACGAAGGAUUUAUCCUUGAUAAAAAAGUUGGAGUCAACCAACCGAAGAGGCUAGAAAAUGCAAAGAUCCUCGUCGCCAACACCGCCAUGGACACAGACAAGGUCAAGAUCUGGGCAUCCCGCAUUAAAGUCGGGUCACCGAAGGAACUGGCUGAACUGGAAAAGGCUGAACGGGACAGAAUGAAGGCCAAGGUUGAACGCAUCAAGGCUCACGGAAUCAACUGCUUUAUCAACCGACAACUCAUCUACAACUGGCCCGAGCAGCUCUUCACCGAAGCCGGGAUCAUGAGCAUCGAGCACGCCGACUUCGACGGCGUAGAGCGCCUGGCACUCGUCACCGGCAGUGAAAUCGCAUCGACAUUCGACCACCCCGAACAAGUUCAGCUGGGCCACUGCGACCUGAUAGAAGAGGUUAUCAUCGGCGAGGACACACUGAUCAAAUUCUCUGGUGUAGCCGCUGGCCAAGCAUGCACGAUUGUGCUUCGUGGAGCGACAGAACAACUACUUGACGAAGCUGAGCGAUCCCUUCACGACGCGCUUGCGGUCCUCUCGCAGACCGUGAAGGAGCCCCGCGUGACGCUCGGAGGUGGCUGCGCCGAGAUGGUCAUGGCGAAAGCCGUAGACUCACUCGCCCAGAAAGUUGGCGGGAAGAAACGUAUCGCCAUCGAUUCCUUCUCCACCGCCCUCCGCCAACUCCCCACCAUCCUCGCCGACAACGCAGGCCUCGACUCUUCCGCUCUUGUCUCAGAGCUGAGAAGUGAAGUCUACCGUGGAAUGACAAGCAGUGGUCUCGACCUUCUGACCCCCGGCGGCGGCAUCACCGACAUGCGCGAGCUCGGGGUCAUCGAGAGCUACAAGCUGAAGAAGGCCGUCGUUAGUUCUGCAAGUGAAGCGGCUGAGUUGCUACUGCGUGUCGACAACAUCAUCCGUGCUGCGCCGAGGCGGAGGGAGCGGAUGUAA